CCUCUGAGCUUCCCCGGCUCAUUCCGCAACAUCCCCUGGGAAAAACAACGCAAAUCGCAUUCAGAUCGGCAGAGCACAGCAGGGAAGCGUAGUACUUGUUCCUCGUCAAGCAGCCGUCCCUCUCACCUUUCUCCGCCCUUACAACGCCCACAACAAGCCAUGGCCCUGCGCCGAAUUCAAAAGGAACUGGUAGACCUAGCCAAGAACCCGCCCCUAAACGCCUCCGCUCAGCCCGUGAGCGAUGACGAUAUCCUGCACUGGAAAGGCGCAUUAACCGCUCCUGACACCAGCGCAUAUAAAGGCGGCACAUUCCAGCUCACCAUCGAGUUCCCACCAGACUACCCCUUCAAACCCCCAUCCAUCAAGUUCGCGACCAAGAUCUACCACCCGAACGUCGACGACGACGGGACCAUCUGUAUCGGGUUACUAAAAACCGAGGUGUGGAAACCAUCAACCAAGAUAGCCGACGUGCUGAUAGCCCUCGUGGACCUUCUGCAAAACCCGGUGCCUGAGGACGCGCUGCAGUCGUCGAUUGCGCAGGUGUAUAAUUCCGACCAGCCGGUGUUUGAGAAGACGGCAAGGGAGUGGGUUAAGAAGUAUGCGAAUUCGAAGUGAGGGGGGGGUUCGAUGAGAAGGGAGGGGGGCGGGCGGGAAUCGUGGCACCGAAGUGGUG